AUGUAUCCUUCUGUUGCCAUCUCGCUUUGUACACUCGCUGCCUACUGUCAGUCACACCGAACGUGUCCCCGGUUCAGUAUCCAAUCACAAUGCAAGACUUUAUGUUACCUUCACGAUAUUCCAUAUCGGCCAUACUUAAAAAUGCAAUUCUCAGCAGCCUAUGACAUUUUUCUAGAAAUCCUCCAUCACAUCAGCCAGUGUCUGCGUCAGGCGCUCAAACGGGAUACCAUCAACUGGCGUAUGUUAAACACAUGCCCUGCAUGCUUUUACAAGCUCGACGAUGAACCUGCCCUCGAUUUUGAAUGGCUGGUAUCAAUUGACGGUAACAAUAGCCUGAAGCGAUGGGACUCGUCCAUCUAUGGUACCACCGCCCGAUCUGAUUCUCGCACAGCUCGUUCGGAUUAUUGGAUUCAUGCUGACACUGUUGACAAGUUUGAGAAUGAAGUCAAAUCCCGACAAACAGACUUGAGGAAUGAUGACGACUGGGAGGAUGAGCCUACAGACCCAGAUCAUCCGGGAGCAUUCACAUGCGUCAAUCAAUGGAGAAACGCUGGCCCAGACUCACAUAAGAAGAUGUUUGCCAUAUUCCAAGAGUCAGGUAUUUUUAUCGCUUCAUGCCGCCAUCGCUUUGUGCUUCUCGCGUGUGAUAUGAUCCGAAGCGGAGAACUUGUGAAAUAUCCGAUAGCGAUCAUCGACAAACUCCUUACGGUAUAUGGAAAAAAUGGAGGUUGCGCGUACAAUAUCGGUUGCGCAUUCUCGAAGACGUUAGCUAAUAGUACGUUGGGCCCUCGUGCACACGAUCUUGGCUUUCGGAUGAUGGUUGGCGCCUUCCAUGGCCAUGCGCACAAUCAAAGGUGUCAGCUUGACUGGCACCCAAUGUAUAUCUCUGGAACUGGCCAUACUGAGGGCAAGGGUUGUGAGCAUAUCUUCUCUGCAUCUAACGAGCUUGCACAUAGCACAAGGCAUGCUAACCGUUUUCAUCGCCACCAAGCCAUCGAGGAGCAUUUCGCUUUUUGGGAUGCCGAUAAGUAUGCUGCACUUAUGUCAGGUAAUUAUUUCGUUGAGACAGCCGAGCUAGAAACUAUCAAGGCCGAGCUACGCCUUAGCGACAACGACUUCCCUGGAUUCUUUGAUCAGGAAUGCAUAUAUCUGGAUGUUAAUUCUUCAUACGCCAAAUUACAGCAUGCCGAGGGGCUUGUUGCUCACUGCGAAACACUCUUAUCUGUCGAUGAGAGAUGGUUGAUUGGCGGUGACGAAUACAAAUGUUUCAAGGAGGAAGCGACACUCGGCAAGUAUCAUACUGCAUUGGAUGAACUUGAAUGUUUGGUCGUCAUGAGAUUGUUUGAACUCUCAAAGCUCUCGUUAUCGGGCACAGGAUACAAACUACGUCAACAGAUUAGUAAAGCUUUACAGCGGCGCUCGGACGCUAUUCGCAAUGUGAUAAAUUGCUACAAUAUCCAGGCUGCUUCCCUCAUCCCACUGAGACAAAUGAUCGCAUGGAAAGACAUUGCCGAAUACAGUUUCCUUGGCGAGUUUGACCUUCUGUGUGACUCUCGUACUGACAUCCAAGACAAGGAUUGGGCAAGGCCAGCUCACUGUGAGGCGACUACAAAGUACUUCAAGCUCUGCCGAGCUCGCGAAGAAAUUAUUCGACUCAAUAUUGAAAUUCGCCAGCUCCGAACUGCUAUCCAUGAUGAAACCAUUGACACGUCUGCCGUUAUCGACGAACUUCUUGUAGCUAACCCUUUGCUUGCUGCCGAGUUGAAACGCCAGUGGCGCUCACGGGCGGCUAUCAACGCUGUGCACACAUAUCAGUUAGAUCAGAUUGAGAGACUAUUUGGAUUCUCUGGUAUUAGUGGCAUUGGAACUCGCCUUGCGAAUCCUGCGUUCAGCAGACCAGUCAAUACCAAUGGUGCUAGUUCCGCACAAGCAGAGAAUCCUGAUUCUUCUGCAUCAGAAUUCCAUGAUAUUGAAGCCCUUGACCGUGAAGAGCACAAAGUGGUCACCAAAGACAUGGCUGAUUUUUUGUACUCAAUAAACGACUGA